UUGAUAAUGUUAUGAGAUCAAAUUCUCCCCUUUGUUUAAAUAUCAAUGUAGUGAAAACUAAGAGCGUGAAAUCAAAAUCCACGCACGACUAUAAAAGAUGACAUAUUUCACGUAGGGACAUUCAGUCGAUUGGACAUCACUCUAUAAGAAUCAACGCAAAUACUUUACAAGGAAGAAAAAAAUGGAAAAACUUUUGACCACAAUUUUUGUUACUUUCAUUAUCAGUAUGCAGACAUCUUUCUUGAAUUGUUCUGCUGAACCCGACCAAGGAAAUUGCAGCUGUGCUGUAUUUCGUGAAGAUGAUUCGAAGCAAACCGACCCGAUUAUUGUACAAUCACUACAGUUCGAAGUCACUUGCAAUAAAGAUGGUGCAGAGAUUUGUGAGAACCUAUGCAUUGGUUUGGCUCAAGGCGCACAGGACAAGGCGCCCGCUAUAAUAUGUGAAAAGUUGAAUAAGCAGGUCGACAAUCUGAAGGUCGCAGUCUUCACAAAAUCUUGUGGAAACGAUUCACCCACUUGGAAAUAUACAGGUCUGAAAAGCCCAGUGCCAAUUUGCUGUGACAUGGAAGGAAAAGAGACAAAAUGUGCUUAAAUUCAACGCUAGUAGCAGAAAUGAGGGCAUUCAAGAAAUGGAUAGUCGACCGUAUUCUACGGAAAAUAAUUGAUCAAAAUAGCACAAUCCCUGUAGUGAUGUAUUAAAACAAAAAUAAACUUUAUUGAUUCACCAUU